AUGACAUCUCUGCGUACUUUUGUUAUUUAUUCAGUGGACCAAAACCAAAAGCUUUCAGUAAAAAAACUGUCAAGAUCGAAUAGCACUUCGAGCGCAGUUCCGCGAGAAAAAAAUGAAUUCAACUGCAAUCUGGCCGCUCAAGAGGCAAUACCACACGCUGUAGUAAAUUCGAAAAAUAGGGACAAAAAGUCGUCGCACAUAAGGGGCUGUGCGGGAAAGCCCAAUCCUAAACGUGAUCAUGGACAUCUAAAAGUAUAUAGACGCCGGGUCCAGACGCCAUGUAGUUAG